AUGGAAGCAAAUGCAGCAAAUAAAGAACAGAACAACAUGAGAGAUGCUGGAAUCAAAACCUUAGCAAUUUUUAUUUUUCUCAUUUUUUGCCUGUCUGAAUGUUCUAUUGUUGUGAGAGACCGUCGAGUUCGUGUCAGCAUAGUGAACAGGCUGGGAAAUGGGAGGACCAUGAACAUCCACUGCCAAUCGCGAGAUGAUGAUCUCGGUUAUCUGAGAAUCCCUGAUGGCUAUGAAACCGAGUGGAGCUUCAAUGUGAAUAUCUGGGGCACAACCUUGUUUUACUGUGAUGUGCAGUGGGGUGAUUCAGAAUGGCUACAUUUUGAUGCCUAUUCAUACAAAAGUGACUCUGGAAGGUGUGAUACUGUCUGUAGGUGGAUGGUUGCAGAGGAUGGUCUUUUAUAUGUUUACAACCAAGAGAAUGAAAAAUGGGAACACAUGCCAUUUCAAGACAUGUUAUAA